AUUAAGAGAUAAGCUUGUUUUCUAACGGCCCUAUUCACCAUUCCCUAACAGACUGUUAAAUUGUUUAACACUUUGUUAAAUCCAUUUUUAGUAUUCACCAUAGCAAACGGUCUGUUAAAGUCAUGGAUAAGUUAACAGCGCGAUGUUGGACUGAAUCUUCGGAAACAGACACGAGUGACAUUGAAGAUAUCCCGAGAGAAAGAAUUGUAAGAACUAGGAGGUUUCCCUUGAUUGAACUAGAUGAUUUGGAGUUCAAAAGAAGAUUUAGAAUAAAUAAAAAUACAUUUAGGCGACUGGAAAAUGUAUUGCAAAAUGUUAUAGAACCGAUAAAUGAAAGGAACCAGCCAAUCUCAAAAGCAAACCAAAUCUUGAUAUGUCUUCGAUUUUUUGCUACAGGUUCUUUCCAGAUUAAUGUUGCUGACCUUUCAAUGUAUCUCAGCCUACCGUUUCCAGAAUAGUAAAGAAAAUAACAAGACACAUUGCUGCAUUGCGGCCACAAUUUAUUACA